ACCCUCGCGGAGCGCAGCGCAGCCCCUUCGACUUGCGCGGGGCGGAGGAGCUGGAGUGGGCGAGGCUCAUCCCGGAAGUCUUGCCCCCCCCCCCGCCCUCCCUUGCAGGAUUUCCCCGGGCAGCUUCCAUUCUGUGUUUGUGUGUGUUGCUUCGGGACGGCUGUUUCACAAGAGCAUGAGGCUCGUAAUCCUAGAAAACUAUGAUUUGGCCAGCGAAUGGGCCGCAAAAUAUAUCUGCAACUGCAUCAUUCAGUUCAAACCCAACGAAAGCCGAUAUUUCACCCUUGGAUUACCGACAGGAAGUACACCCUUGGGAUGCUACCGGAAGCUGAUAGACUAUCACAAAAGGGGAGAUCUCUCUUUUAAAUAUGUGAAGACAUUCAACAUGGAUGAAUACGUAGGGCUUCCCAGGGAUCAUCCAGAGAGCUACCAUUCUUACAUGUGGAACAAUUUCUUUAAGCACAUUGAUAUAGAUCCAAACCACGCUCACAUUCUCGACGGGAACGCGCCGGAUCUGAAAGCCGAGUGCGAAGCCUUUGAAAAGAAAAUAGAAGAAGCUGGAGGGAUUGAGCUGUUUGUUGGAGGAAUUGGUCCAGAUGGUCACAUCGCUUUCAACGAGCCGGGAUCCAGUUUGGUGUCGAGAACGAGAUUGAAAACGCUCGCCAUGGACACCAUCCUGGCGAACGCAAAAUACUUCGACGGCGAUUUAUCGAAGGUUCCAACUAUGGCGUUGACAGUUGGCGUGGGAACAGUCAUGGAUGCGCGGGAAGUCAUGAUCCUCAUCACGGGGGCACACAAAGCCUUCGCCUUAUACAAGGCGAUCGAGGAAGGGGUCAACCACAUGUGGACGGUGUCUGCCUUUCAACAGCACCCCCAUACGAUCUUCGUCUGCGACGAAGACGCCACGUUAGAACUCCGGGUUAAAACGGUGAAGUAUUUCAAAGGUUUAAUGCACGUGCAUAACAAGCUGGUGGAACCUCUACGCAGCAUGAAAGAGCAAAAUUGAUGGGAGAGGAAGGACCACACCGGCGUCGUUGUGCGGAGGACCCUGGCUUGUGUGUUUUGGGGAGCACCACUGCUAGGGAGAAUGGUGAACGUUGGCUAAAACCGAGGGUCUUUUGAAACCCAGGGCUUGUGGUUUUGCUUUCCUCGCGGUCCAAAAUAUGUGUGUGUAACAUUCCACUCAACACUGUCAAAAGCCUUUUUUCUUUUUAACCUUUUUCUCCCCAGCAUAUUUACAGGGUCUGAAACGAUGCAACAAUUCAGGGUAAAGAGGAGACGCUUAAACCAGAUGCCCAGAGGGAGAAUUUAACGUUCUGGAAGGGGGGGUCUUUGCAGAAUGUGUUUAAAAAAAAAGACCCCAAGAGAAGCCGCACCAGUGUAAUUUCGCUUCCACCUUAUUUUUUAAUUUAGGUGGAAAGGCGGCUGUGAUAAUCUUGUUAUGGCCAUCUGGACUUUCUUCUGGCUCUGGGACUGGAAUAAAAAUAUUCCUUUGCUGCUUUAGAUCUUGGCCCCUGGACAGGGAUUGUUAACGGAGAAGCAGGGAUUUUACAAAUUAGAUAUGUUUACACCCAUAUCUCAGCAACCGUUUUACAAGCAAUUGUACUUUUUUGAAAAGUUUCUGAAGAGACAGCUUGUGCUCUCUUCUUCCUUUUUGUUUUCUUUUCCCUUCAUUUUUUCUUUUCCUUCUUUCCUUUCCCGCUUUC